AUGAUGAUUGUGAGGGGAGCAAGGGAGGUGGGGGAAAUGGUGAGGAAUCAAGACGGGGUAAAUGUUGGUGGUCAGGGUGGUGGUGGUGGUGCGACGAUGGGUGGAGGUAGGUAGAAUUGGGAAGUCACCGCGAGGGGACCUCUGCGUGCUGGUUGAGGCAAAGACCGAUUGGGGGGUUGGAAGGACAGUUCUGGGUGAGCCGGGGAGUAUUCACGAUGGAAAGUCCUUGUGCUCAGGGAUUGACGGAAGGUUGACAGACGCAAUGAGAGAAGGACAGACAGUAAAAUCUUGGAAGAAAAGGCUUAUCUCAGAAAAUUUAACAAUACAUUAUUAU